AUGACUGAAGCUGUAAAACAGAGUUUGAUAAAUGGAUUGAAUUCAUGUCCAAAAUACAUUCCAACUUGGUACAAAUAUGAUUUACUGGGCUCUGAAUUAGAGCAUGACUGCAGAGAUUCGGAAAAGAACAAAGAUUACUACCUGUAUCGAUGUAUGGUAUCUUGUCUACAAGCCAACAUACAGGACAUAGUUCCGGACAGCCAAAAUUGCUACACGUUGGUUGACCUCGGGAGUGGAAACUGUUCAAAGACAAGGCACGUGAUUGACCAGCUCCUUAAAAAGCAAAACCAUCUGUCGUUUUAUCCUCUUGAUAUAUCAAAAGAAUUCCUGAUGCGUACCGCGGAUAAAUUGUCUCAGGAUUAUGGCGAGAAGCUGACAAUUCAUCCUACAGCAGAGAAUUAUGUGAAUGGGAUAGAAAAAAUGAGUACCGACAUCACACAAGACGAGACAUCUAUACUGAAGGCAUACGACGAUGUACAAGAUUUCCAUUUUUUUUCUUUCUUUCUCUUUUACAUAGGACUUCACAAGAGAUUUUUCCUGAAUUCUAUCACCAGGAUGAACGGAGAGUUCGGCAGUCAGGUCAAUACUGAUCGGUUCCGAUACAUUGUGGAUUUUGUGUCGGGCCCAAACUCAGACAUUAGCUACGUGAGAGCGUACCUCGAGGCCAAGGACAAUGUCACGUUCCCAAUACCUGGAUUAGGUAUGGAGUUGCAUAUGCAGAAAAAUGAACGUCUGUUUUUUCACGAGAAAGACACAGGAGUGAGCUGCAAGUAUACAAUGGAACAGAUCCAGACACUUACGAACAGGGCAGGACUGCAGCUAACGGACACCUGGACGGACGACCAGCGGCACGCGGUGAUAUGUAGAUGUGUUAAAAAAAAUUAA